AUGGCUCCUCCAUCAACAGUCACCUGUAAGUCCCGGUGCAAUGUCAGUAUCACGAAGGGAUCUCAACCAAAUGGAAAGGAACAAGGCAACCAGGAUGCAGGAAAAUGUAAGCACUACUGUGGCAAAGGCACUCACGAGCUUCCUUCUUGCACAGGUCGCUCUUUCCACCCGUUGGAUCCCUUGCAACCGUCGGAGAUUGUAGCAGCAGCGCAUGUUAUCAAAACUGCACUUGCACCAACACUUGUGAGUUCUUUCUCUUUGCACGCAACCUCACGAAAAUGGUUCUUACAGGCCAAAAGCGGCGUCAUAAACUUCAUCGAGGUGAUCCUCGACGAGCCAGAGAAGACGCUGCUUGCUCUGUAUCAAUGUCAACUCCAAGUGAAACACAACCAUCGACAGCUAGUACGUCCUCCAAGACAAGCAAGGCUGACCGUGUACAAUGCACACAACAAUGAAACAAGUCUCUGGGUUGUAGAAUUACCAGCAGCGCCGAGAGCUCCCAAAGUCUUGUGGUGCCAGUACAUUCCAGACGUCCAGCCUCCAGUGGUAAGUUUUCAUAAUUCCUUGCAUGAUAGACAAGAACGUGUAAGUGACCAGCAGGGAACAGAGGAAUACGUGCUCUGUGAAGCAAUCGUAAAAUCGCACAAGCCACUAAUAGAGGCAUUGAGAAAACGAGGAAUCACUAACACUGACCUGAUCAUGGUGGACACCUGGUGCACUGGUUACCACGAAGAAAAGGAUGCUCCAAGUCGUAGACUGGCGAGACCGCUUAUGUUUUAUAGAACUGAGAGCUCCUGUCCGAUGGAAAACGGCUACGCGAGACCGAUAGAAGGCCUGUCGCUGCUAGUUGAUCUCCAGAACAUGAAUGUCGUCGAACUCGAGGAGAGAGAAGCUGCUCCGCUUCCGCCACCAGAUCCAAUGAGGAACUACACACCAGCUUGUGUUCCAGGAGGCCUCCGAACCGACGUCAGGCCGUUGCAGAUUUUACAACCUGGAGGACCAAGUUUUGAAGUUAAUGGAUACGAAGUAACCUGGCAAAAGUGGUCCUUUCGCCUGGGAUUUACUCCACGAGAAGGUCUAGUAAUCCACAGUGUAGCGUAUAGCGACGGUUCUCGAGGUCCGAGGUCUGUGGCUCACAGGUUGAGCUUCGUAGAGAUGAUAGUCCCUUACGGAGAUCCUGCAGAACCACAUUACAGAAAAAAUGCUUUCGAUGUAGGAGAAGACGGACUUGGGAGGAAUGCUCACUCGCUGAAAAAGGGAUGCGAUUGCUUAGGAUACAUUCACUACUUCGAUGCGUAUCUCACGGACCAAAAGGGAGACGUCGAAACACUCGAAAAUGCAAUAUGCUUACACGAAGAAGACAAUGGCAUACUGUGGAAGCACAAGGAUUGGAGGACAGGUCUUUCUGAAGUCCGAAGAUCUAGACGGCUCACCGUUUCUUUCAUAUGCACUGUCGCAAACUACGACUAUGGCUUCUACUGGCACUUCUACCAGGAUGGGAAAAUAGAGGCUGAAGUGAAACUUACCGGCAUUCUGAGCCUCGGAGCGAUUCAGCCCGGCGAGCAAAGGAAAAACGGAACGGUCAUAAGCACUGGAUUAUAUGCUCCGAUACACCAGCACUUUUUUGUAGCACGCAUGAACAUGGCAGUCGACAGCAAACCUGGAGAAGCAGAAAAUCAGGUUGUAGAGGUUAACGUUGUGCCAGAGCCACCGGGUCCAAACAAUCCUCAUUGCAACGCAUUCUACGCCAAGGAGACGCUGCUAAAAUCCGAAAUGCAAGCUCAGAGAGACUGCAAUCCUUUAUCUGCACGACACUGGAUAGUAAGAAACACCAAAGUUGUGAAUCGAGCUGGCGGAAACACAGGCUACAAGCUUGUUCCCGGAGCAAACUGCCUGGGAUUCAUCGGCAAGGACGCGAUGAUCCUGCGAAGAGCCGAGUUUCUCAAGCACAACCUCUGGGUAACCAGCUAUAGCAAAGACGAGCUCUACCCAGCCGGCGAGUUCCCCAAGCAAAACCCCCGCAUUGGAGAAGGCCUGCCGACCUGGGUGAAAAAGGACCGCGAUCUCGAGAAUGCCGACAUCGUCCUGUGGUACGUAUUUGGAGUGACACACAUACCUAGGCUCGAGGAUUGGCCCGUGAUGCCAGUGGAGCGCAUCGGAUUCACACUCACGCCGCAUGGAUUCUUCGACUGCUGCCCGGCGAUCGACGUUCCCCCAAAUCAGAAUGGCGCUUAAACCCUAAAGUUCAAAAUAAAUGCCCUUGCUCAAACCCUAAACUUCAAAAUAAAAGCCCUUAUAGAAGACCCUUAAAAAAAUAUUC